AUGGAAAUUCUUGAAUUCAGUGGCAUGGAAGCUUCUAUUCUGCUCAACGAUAAUAACAAUAUUUCGAACUCUAUUGGCACUGGAGGCAACUAUAAUACAUCAGAAAAAGUUGUGCAUAUCUCAGUUUCCCAAGCCGAGAAGCAACUGAAAAAGCUGGAGAGGGAUUAUCAACACACCUAUGAGAAUUACCUAGAAACCCGAUCAAACAGGUAUAGCUCCUACAUUAAAAGAAGACAUUCUAGUUAUCGCAGUGGCCAAGCUGGAAACUGUAUCAUAUACUACAAGAAACUGCGAGAGAAACUGCAGAAUGAUCUUGAAAAACUGAAUCAAGCAGAAGAAACGCAAAGAAGAACAGAAAAGCCUGAUUACUGCAAGCAAUUCUUGAUGCUGCAUGGUUGUAAAAGCUUGGCCCAAGAAAAAAAGAUACUAAACCAGAUAGGAGAAACACAACAGCAGCAGCAACAACAACGACAACAACAACAACACCCGGAAAACAAUGACCUGGGUCAAAGAAGAAUUUAUUUCAGAAAAAGAAACUGGGAGUACAUUCAAAGUACAGUUCCAAAAAGUAGCAGCAGCAAAGGAAUACAUGAUCUCCUGAGGAGCCUUAAAGACAUAGAGAAGCUGAGGAACAAAGCUACUGCCAGUGGUGAACUUGUUGACAACCAAACAAGUCAGGACAGUUUAAAUACUUCUAUAAAAAUUCUGACAAAGGUAAUAAAAAAUCUUGGAAAAGAAACAGGGAGAGAGACAAUGAUUGAUAUUGAUUACGAGGAAAAGAUCAAGCAUCUAGAGGAAAAAUGUGAAUGGAUAUGCGGGAAAUGGGAUGAACAAAAGAAGUAUAUUAUCGAGUUGAAGAAAAUACAUAAAGAUGGGUUGUAA